AUGCUCACCCGGCGCUUCGACCGAGCACAAGGAAUCACCCACAGACUCCACCCUCCGUCACCACAGAGCGCCGCCACGUGCGACCAACACGCGCGACAUGCGCGUGUAGACCCCUUCCGCGACAACUUGGUACCGUCUCGUUUUCGCAUUGCACGAACCCUUCCACUUAACCACUUUAUCACAUACCUGUGAAGCGGGGAUUCCCCGUCCGGUGCUUUUGAGGACCGUCUCACCUUGCUCCGACCCUUCUGGUCGCCCCGCCUAGGUUUAUAUUCGCGACCGCGUCGUUCACGACUUCAAGCUGGAUUUUGUACAUAUCUACUUCCACCAACGUGCCGAGAAUACCGGCGAUGGGCCAAACCACGUCGACACCGGAGCCGUCUUCGAAUGAGAAGCGCCUGAUUGCCGAGUACGACCGACUGGUUCGCCACGGCGAGUCCCCGCCGCCGUCAUCUUCGAGUCCAGACUUGGAGCGCAUGCUUUGGCAGCAUGAUUUAUCUCAUGCGGAGCGCAAGCAGUUGGAAGGUCGUUUAACUUCCCUUGCCUUGCGACUGGACGCAAUCGAACGAGCCAACAAGGCACGUGAGUUGGAAAAUAGGGCAAACGAACUCUAUGCAAGGAUUAUGGCAGGCCCGAAUGCACUCCCAGGAAACGUCAAGGGCGACAAGAGGAGGACUAGCUUGUUGGAUGAGGUGCGCGUGUGGGAAGAUGAAAUAGAUACGUCGAGGGAGGCAGAAGCUGGCACCAUGGGGAGCAGGCCAUAGGCGAGUUGGAUUCUCUAACUUAUAACUUGUAAAUAACUUGGAUGAUGG